AUGGCAGUCAAGUGCGUAGUGUCAAAGCGAUGGCAUCGUACGCCCAAAUUGUUAAAAAAAGCUCAAGUACAUAGACCCAUGGACUGCCAAACAGACUCAAAACCGGCCGCUGCAGAAACCCAAACAACGAUGGAAAGGUUGGAGAUCAACCAUCUUGUGAAAGACAUGCCGUUAGAACAAGUGACAAACAACCUGGCCGAAUCUGAAGAACGAUGCCAGCAGUUUGCCGCCUUGUAAGUAUAGGUUCCAGCAAGGCUUCAACUGGUCGAACCACAUGUGGAACUUCUACGGACGUAGCUUCAAAGUUUAGCCAUGGAGAAGUCACAACUAGAGACGGAAAAUUAACAACUAUACCAAAUGAACCUGAACCUUCAGACUCUCGUAGAAUCUCGGAAGGUGGUACAAGAGUUGGAGAUGUUCAGGUUGACCACAGAAUCAAUCAUAACGGACCGGAACCCAAACUCACGGAUGAGGUUUGGAGUAACAGAAAUCGGCAGACUGUAUCAGAAAUUAGCCAUUCCGACGCCUCGUACAGGCCUUUCAUGGAUGUACGACAGCUAUAA